CGGGCCCGGCAGAAGCAACACGCACCACCACCACAGCCCUAUACACACACCCGCCCAACAACGGCGACCACAACAACGACGAGACGAGACGACAUGAGCUGGAAAUGGCGCGUCUUGGUGUGCGUCGUGUGUGUGUGUAUAUGUAUGUGUGUGCGCGUGUGUGCCAUGGUGACCAUCAGGCCAUUCGUCCUCUUUUGUGCGCCACUAGCCAGCUGGGGUAGCACGGCACAGAGCGAGCUUGGGCAGCAUGGCCCCAUAGAUACGCCAACCAGAGAACAUGGCCCCCCGCCCCCUCCUAAGCCCUGGACUGGCUACUCUACUUAUGGGCUGGUGGCUUGA